UUUUGUGAGAGUCUCGCGUAAUCGCCGCAUCGUUUCUUCAUCGUUUUGGCUCUUUGACGUUAAAAAGCAAUAUAUCAGGGGUGUCUGAAAUUUCAAUCACCUCCCAUUCACGUAAAUAACAGAUAGUUGUUCAAAUUAAAUCAGUUAGGUUACUACGGUUCAUUACCAGCAAUGGCAACAUCUUCUUUGGAUUGGGGAGCUGCGGCAAACGAAGAGGAAAAAGAAAUGACAGCAAAGUUAACAAAUGUUAAUCUGAGAAAUCAAGAAGAGCCACCUCCAUGGAUGGUCCCGUCAGAAGAACCUUCUGUAACAACACCUGAGGAAGGCUUAGCAGGAAGUGUUGAGGACAGCGAAAAAAUAUCUGCUGCUGAAAAAUCACUUCUACAAAAAGUCAUUCGGAAAGGCCUUGUUGAAAACCAUCAUGACCUAGAAAUUCAACGAAAAGAUCCAAAUUCUCCACUGUAUUCUGUCAAAACAUUUGAAGCCUUAAACCUCCGACCUGAGCUUUUAAAAGGCGUCCACGCUAUGGGAUUUGACGCGCCAUCCAAAAUACAAGAAACAGCACUUCCCACUUUACUGUCGGACCCACCACAGAACAUGAUAGCCCAGUCACAGUCUGGAACAGGAAAAACCGCCGCUUUCGUUUUGGCCAUGUUAAGCCGCACGGAUGUUUCGAAAAACUAUCCUCACGUAGUCUGCUUGUCUCCUACUUUCGAAUUGGCCAUUCAAACAGGAGAGGUAGCCAAGAAAAUGGCAAAGUUUUGCCCACACAUAAAGAUUCGCUACGCUGUCAGAGGCGAAGAACUUCCAAGAGGUACGCAGAUAAAUGAUCAUAUACUCAUCGGCACCCCUGGCAAGCUGUUGGAUUGGGGCACAAAAUUGCGUUGUUUUGAUCUGACGAAAGUUGAGGUCUUUGUCCUCGACGAAGCUGAUGUUAUGAUCGCCACUCAAGGGCACCAAGAUCAAAGCAUUCGAAUUCACAAGUUGCUACCUAAAACGUGCCAGAUGAUGUUGUUCUCAGCCACCUACGACGAAGACGUCAUGAAGUUCGCUGAGAUGAUUAUCCGAAAUCCAGUCGUGCUCAAGCUACAUCGCGAACAGCAAUCGCUAGACAACAUCAAGCAACACUACGUCGUCUGUAAGAGCAAAGAAGACAAAUACCGCUCCAUUUCAAAUAUUUACGGCGUGCUUACCAUCGGGCAAGCCAUGAUCUUUUGUCACACAAGGAAAACGGCGUCCUGGCUAGCUGAGACUAUGAGUCGAGAAGGACAUGCCGUAGCGCUUUUGAGCGGCGAAUUGGAAAUUGAGCAGAGAAUCAACAUCAUAAAUCGAUUCCGUGAGGGCAAAGAAAAGGUCCUCAUCACCACGAACGUCAUGGCCCGCGGCAUAGACGUUGAGCAGGUUACAAUGGUGGUCAACUUUGACCUUCCUGUAGAUCAGAGUGGAAGAGCAGAUUGCGAAACCUAUCUCCAUCGUAUUGGUCGAACGGGACGUUUCGGCAAAUCCGGUGUAGCCAUCAACUUGGUCGACGGUCCUCGUUCGAUGCAGGUUCUACAAUACAUUGAAAACCAUUUCAAGCGACCCAUUUUAAAAUUGGAUGCCGAAGACGUUGACGAAAUAGAGAAGCUCAAUAAAGAUGAUUAAACUGUUUGUGGUUGCAGAGUGGAAGAGGAUGGAUUGCCAUUGUUUUUAUGUUUUACCAGUGAAGGCUGGUUUGGCGGAUGUUUCAAAGUGGAGAAGUGUUAUGCAUCCUUAGGUUGUGUACUGGUAAUGCUCUUCACUACCGUCUUCUAAAUACACUUUCAAAUUUACACACCCGAA